AUGAAACCACUACCGCCACUUCACAGAGAGCCUAGAGAGCAGAGAAGUCCUGCAACAUUAGAAGCAUUAGUCCUGUUAGACGUGCCUAAUCCAGGUGAAGCCACCCAGGAAAACCUGCCCCCCUGCCACAGUGUCAGAAUAAAACUCGAAGCACACGAAUUUGAGGAGUCUAGACAAGAAAGUAAACAAGAACACCAAAAGAAAUUCAGGUAGGUCAUGAAAGAAUUGAAGUUUGAAUAGUUUUUCCUAACCGAGCCGUUGCUGUGUUAUAGUCAAAUGUUGUUGUAUAGAAUCACACUAAACAAACUAUUUUGCAAGGUUUGCACACCGUAGUCAUUAUCUUAUCUAAUCAUGUUGUUUUCCUUUCUAGACAAACGCUGCAUGCCAUUAGAAGUCUUCCUCUCUGCCGGUAUACAGACUGGGUGUUUAAUAACGAAGAUUGCCAGUGUAAUGUUCGAUUAGGAAUUAUGAGAUUAUUAAUCGAUGAUUUUAUAAACGAUCGAGAGUUUAAUCCGUUG